CGAAAUCUCGAUUAUCAGUGACGUUCCUCCUCUUAUCAGCAAUACAUGCAUGUUCUCUGUUGUGUCAAGACCCAGGUAAUCUAAUCGGCGAUUUUUUUACCUGUCGUCCGUCAUCCGGAGUGACACAAAUGAUAAUGAUGUCUCCUUAAGCAGCUUUUCCGUGUGAGAAGUCUUUGCGUGCGCUCGGAUUGGCUUGGAGGAGGACACUGAGGAAGAUUGAAGACACUGACAACCCGGCGAUGGUUUACCCUCAGCGUUGAAAAACUUGUGGAUUGUCGAGAGGCUGGAAGAGAAGCAGCAAGCGAGAGGUUGUCGUGGCAGGAACGUUGCGCUCGGAAGGGAGACUGAGGAGGGAGUUCUUGCUUCGCCUGUUGGGGGGAAGAAGGCCAGAAUAAAAACAGUUUCUUCCGAUCCUCACGAGAAGGGAAGCGUAAGGAAGCAGGCGGUGAGUGAUGGCCAGCUUCGUUGUGAGGAGUGGGAGUGAGGAAGCCCCUCGCUGGUGUUUCCGGCCGAGGUUCUUGGGCUUCCUGACGCUGCUGCUCCUCGUCCUCGCCCGCAGCACCUCCGCCGGCGUCGUCGGCAGGGAGAGAACCGCUGACACCGACACACGACUGAUGGAGUAUUUUGCGACCAUCAACAGUGACGUCAUCAGCAGCCACUUCAAGCACAUGCUGUUCAACAUCAGCUACCCUGACAUAUUAGAAAGGGCACGACCCAUCAACUCACGAGACCGAGCAAAUCCCCACACUUUCAACAAUACCAAUUACUACAACCAUGGCAACUAUGGCAACGGCAGCCACGAAAGCACCUCCACUAGCGUCACCGACAGAGGGCGAGUCGACGGCUCUGGCGCCCUGCUCCAGAAUGAUAUAAAUUCUCUCUACGCCGAACAGACCCUGAAGACCCUCAUCGUCUUCCUGUAUCUCAUCUUGCUCUCAGUGUGUUUCUGUGGGUGCCUGUGCGGGUGCGCGGGCCAGGAGCACGAGGUCAGGGAGAGGCGCCAGGUGCUGCUAGGGACUCCCGCUGCUGAGGACGACCCGGAAGCCAAGGACAAGGACAAGGACGCGCCACCCACCUACACGGACAUCCUGAAAGCUGAAUCUCCGCCAUCUUAUUCUGAAGUGUUUCCGGAAACGGCUUCAGAGACCUUCGCAAGUGAGUCUCGAGUGCCAUCCUCCCGGGGAAAGUAGGAGUAGGAAAGUGUUCAUCCUCGUUUUGUGUGGAAGGAGUAUCAGUCCUCACUCAAGAUAAGUACUUCUGUUUCCUUAGCUGUCUAACUGGACACCAGGGCAUUCUGUUUACGUCUUUCUGUUUCUCUGUCUGUCUGUUUAUCUCUCUCUUUCUCUCUCUCUCUCUCUCUCUCUCUCUCUCUCUCUCUCUCUCUCUCUCUCU